AUGCUGUUGGAUGUGAAUACAAAUCAUACGCUAGUGCACGAUGCUCAAGGGCAUGAGCAUCGCCUCAUAAAAAGCAUGCGUGACGAGGGCGCCCUGCACUCAUGGAGUGACUCGUCGAAGAUCUUCUACCCCAAGUCGUUUUACGCUACUGCCACGAAUAAGAAGAACAACAAGUUGGCCAGUGCGAGCAUGAACAAGGCGGCCGCUGACGAUAUCGCGGUGAGCGAUCAGAGCCAUUUCUGCUCCACUCAGCCGUUGCUCGAUGGUCCAGUGGAUGCCAAAUGCAACAGAAUACCCAUCAAGAGAAACAGCUUCAAGCGAACUAGAAUACUGAAAACUCGAGAGGAUUCCGAGCUGCUGAACGAAAAUCGCUCAUCUUUUAUGACCCCGUCCUUAAGCUCGGUCAUGUCGCAAGUUAAGAAAUCAAAUUCCGCCAAGACGGUAUCGGGCGAAUGUCCCAUACAUGAAACCCACUUGACGCAGAGCAUAAAAAGGAAGUUUUCAGAAGAGACGCAAAGCGACUGUUCUUCUUUGAGCUCGUCGAAAAUUCAUCCUUUGACGGAUGAUAUUGCUGACACUGCCGCUGCGCAAGCCCCCGCCAUCGACGAUGAAACACAGGUCGAGCCGGUACUGCCCAAGAUGAAGAUAAUAAACAUAAAUGAUCUCGAUCUGUUUGACGACUGGGAAGUCAAGGAUCUGGUCGAUCUGUUCCCACCCGUAUACGAAAGACGCCCCCGGUCGUCCUCAGUUCUGUCAUUGGUGCCUUCGCAUUCUGAUGCCAUGCCCAGACCGACUUCUGUGGACUUCCAAAUCGUCGACAAGAAGGGCGGCGCAUCAAGGAGAAAGAGCAAGAGCAAAUCAACCACUGAAAACAUGAUUUACGAGAACGACUUGGUAGAGUUGGAACAAUGGCCGUCCGCCUCAUCAUCGUCCGAGGCUGACGACUCAACCGCAUCUAACGACUUACUCUUGCCAAACAAGAGAAUAAGACAGAAGAGUUUGAAUACCAAUUUCUUGAAACUAUACUCCAUCGAGUCAUCGUGCAAGAGAAAGAAUAUUUUGCCUGAAGUCGAAGUGGACGACCAUCUGCUGAAACAGCUAACGUAUUCUGAAAUCUGGUCCUUGGACAUCAAAAAGGAACCCAAUGUCUCCACCAGGAACAUCAAGCUUGCCCUGAUCACCAGGAAGAAAUUGUGGUCCGACAUGGUCCAUGAAACGAGAAACGAUCUCUUUGGCGACUCUACCCCCUGGAACUUGCAUUUUGUCGCCACAACAAGCAAGACGCCACCUGCACAAAGCGGUGAAUCCGCAAACGAACACGGAACGCCAGACCCAAAGAGCUCUUUGGUCCGCGUGCAUUCAGACGUCAAGCCAUGGUUCAACAACGGGGGCACAAUGCUCAAACCGUGCGGGAAGUUAAGUCUGGGCAAAGUCACAAACAAGAUUACCGCACCCACAAGAGAGAUUCAGUACGUCGUAAAGGGCUGGUGCGAUAGCAGGUUUCUCUGA